GACACUCAGUUGUAGUUUUUUUUUUACUGUUAGCUAACGGUGUUAUUUACGGGAGCUGAGCUCGCCGUGGUUCAUAAUGUUUCCCAGUCGGUUUUGCUGACUUUUCGGGACUGGAGCUGCGUCAUAUUUUACCCUGGCUGUGAGUUUGUCAAAGAGAUCGACACUGGUUCUUACAAAACACAGCUAGCAUUAGCCAGCGGAUCUCACUUUAUAGCUAGCCUGCUAGCUUAGUUGCUAAGCAGUGAUGGAGUGGCUGGGUAACGGAGCUUCAGUUCACCACGCAGAAGAGUCAAACUGUGAGCCAGAUUCAGCGAGUGGUGUUUAUCCUCACCAGCAGCAGUCACCAUCAAUGCGCCCCUGUGAUUGUGCCAUGGCGUCCCUGUGCCAGAGCCAGCAGCGCUGCGUGAAGGCCUCCAUAGUCUCCAGCUGGAGGAUGGCUGAAGCUCAGGAUCAGCUCUUGUCUCUUGGUGUGCACAGCUCUGAAUCCCUGGAGCAGGAACGCGCCCGGACUCAGGUGUGCCCCGCAGAACUGCGGCACGCUGUGGAAGAGUGGCGGCGAAAGGAGAGCAUGCUGGGAGGUCCAGAACCAAGCCGCAGUCCCGUGCUUGGAGCUGUCAGAAGUUGGGACGUUUUUGAUAAGAGUAUCAUUAAUGUCCAAAGUCAGUCUGCUGAAAUGGAUCAAGACAAGUGCAAGACAUUUCUACAAAAGUAUGAGCAAGAGCUCAGGCAUUUUGGAAUGUUGCGGAGAUGGGACGAUAGUCAGCGUUUCCUGGCAGACCUGCCUCAGCUCAUCUGUGAGGAAACGGCUAACUACCUGAUUCUGUGGUGCAUGAGACUGCAGCAAGAAGGGAAGGAAGCGCUGAUGGAGCAGGUGGCACACCAGGCUGUAGUGAUGCAGUUCAUCCUAGAGAUGGCUUCAAACUCUCAGCAGGAUCCUCGAGGCUGCUUUAGACAGUUCUUCCACAAAGCCAAAGACGGACAAGACGUCUACCUAGAAGUCUUCCACACAGAGCUCGAGGCCUUCAAAUACAGAGUGAGAGAAUAUGUGCUCAAAUGUAGAGACGAUAAACAGAACAGCAGAGAACAACACAACACUGACACAAACUGCAGACUGGACCCCAAAGAAGCCCUGGACUCUUUACGGCCAGUGGAAGAAUAUCCUACGAAGCGAUGUUUAGAGUCAGGACUGUGGGUAAACACAAUGAGAUGGACAAAGGAUGACGCAUCAGAGACAGACGAUAUAAGCAUGAUGGAGACGUCCUAGUGAUUGUAGAAUCUCCCCCAGCUUUUUCCUCCAUCUCCAUCAUCAGCCCAUUUAGGAUUAACCUAAGUUUAAGCCCAGAACAUGCUGGAAGACGCCAAUACAAAUGCAGGAGAGGGAUAAAUAAAGGCAUGAGUGGUUUUCAGGGCUGGGAUUUUCAGUGGAGAACCUGCAGAAAGUGACAUACAUUUCUCAGCGUCUGUCACUGUGGAUAGCCUCUGGUGAGUUGGAUCCUGCGGUGUUUCCUACCAGCUAGAUGCAUGUGUUUUAUGCUGCAACGCUGGUGUUAAAAAAAAUGGAGCGUUUGUGUUCAAGAUGGUUCCCCUGAAAAUGAGAAACAUCCUGACAUGAAAGCAAAAGAACAGGUGAAUUAAAAGUGAAUUCAAGGCAACACAAAGAACCAGUAAAGUGAGCUAAGUACAAAAUCUAGUGCCUAAAUCAGGUCUCAGGUCAAGGGACAUCUGAGGAGUUUUGUUUGGAAGAAUCAUGACAUGUCACUGAAAGACUUAACAGAUAUGUCUCCUGUGGUACAAGGUGAAACUUUGGUAAAUAGUGCUAUUUAUUUAAGACAAAGUGUGAGGUAAAAUUUGAGCAUGCGCCUACAAAAAGCUCAGUAUAAAGCAGAUAUCAAGAUUAGAAAAACAUGCACUUGAUGAGCUCAAAGCUGUGGAGUUUGAUCUGGUAUGAAAGGGAAAUUCGUCAAAAUUGUUAGCUGUCAGACCUUUCGUUAUUACAGGUAACAACACAAAGGGCCACACAUCUUUUAUUACUUUUAAAUCCAAAAGCUGACUCUACACAGGGAUGUCCAUACUACAGAACACCUCAUUCAUUUUUGAUUGCUCCAUCUCAAGAUUUUAUUUAGGCACAUUACAUGAUUUUCAAAUCCUAAAAGAUUUUUUAUCUUAUAAACCUCUGAGCACACAUACUAGACCAAUGGAGACUACACACCUGCCAACAACCUUGGGUGAUCAUGUGACCUCAGAGGAAAACAAACUUGCAUGUCUGUUGAUACCUUAGGCUUGUCUCUCCACAGCAGACUGUUCUGGCUUGUGUUUCAGCUGUGGCAAAAAUCAUUAAACAAAGAAUCAGGAUGAGGUCCUGGCUUAAGUGAAGGUAUGGUUGUGUUUACGUUUGUGAGCAGUGAAAGUAGACCUACGUAACACCUGGCUGGCGACACUACACGGCCUGCUUGUUGUUAUUGGUUGUGGGUAUUACGUUGGAGGCAUUAUGGCUUUAAAUCAUAAAUAUCAAAGUUGUUCGAUAUUUUUUGAUUGAAGGUCUAGGAGGCUACAACGCAAUUUUGGGCAGUAAAUUAAGUGUGUCGACACCACACACUUGAGGAUUAUUCAGACAAAUAAUCCUUUGCAACUUGCAUCCACUUGGGAUACGCCCCCACAAUCAUCAGAGGAGGUAAGUCUGGCCUCAAAAUGGGCUUGAAGUGUGUGAGGGGGGUUAAAGGGAGCAAGAUGAGCUGAUUUUGGUUUGUUUUAUGUCGAGGCAAAGACACCAGUUAAGCAGAAAGCUAAUGAAGUGGGAUUACCGUAAUGAUAAUGAAUCCACAUUGGUGAUCCUUUUCUAAAACAAAAGACACAGAUGGAAAUUAAAAAUAUUUCUAUUAUUGCAACACAAAAUGUGAUCAUUACAACCAAUGAUGAUAUUUGGUAUUUUUUCAGAUAAUAGUUUCGGUCUGUGGUAGUUUUUGGUACAUUAUCCUUGAUAUAACUAAGAACUGUGUCUUUUAAAUGAAACUAUCUUAGGUUAAAUUACAAAUACAUUUUAUUUAUUAUUAUUUGUAUUUUUUUAUUUAUUUAUUUUAAGAAAAUAUUGUACGAGAAAUGUUAAGUGAGUAUGUUGGGGCCAUGGUGGUUGCUGGGGGCCCUCAUACCAGAGUCUGCUUAGGGCCUCACUUUGCCCAGAGGUGGUCCGGCUUACAGUCCUGUAGUGUAUGGCCAGCCUUACAAAGCAUAUCAUGCUCGCCGUCUUCAGGAGUUCACCCAACCUAAAAAAAACACCCACCAAUAGUUAAGAAAAUUAGGAAAAAUUGAAGAAGAUGGUAUUUAUUAUUACAAGGGAUGGCCUGAUGCCUCUUUAUUUCUAUUCCAAGGUGCAAGUACAAGUAUUUACAUUUGGGAACUCACUGAUACUACAUAUGAGUACUUGAUGUUACAAAAAAUAUUAUGUUGAAAGUUCAUUUUAUUUUCAUCAGAUGUUCUUUAUCCCUGCAUUUGACAGUUCUUACUUUCGUCAUCCCCAUUUAUGUUUAACAUCACCAAACCACAGCCGUGGCUCCAACUUUGACUACAGACUCGCAUGAUUAGAGGCUAACAUCAUCCUUUAAUUUAUGCCGAGAACAAUAUCGGAGAUCUACGAUGUCAAGCGAUGCAAAUAGUGCGUACAUUUUCAAAACUAAGACCACAAAACACAGUUUAUCAAAUUAUAAAGCUCUCAGCUUCUUAUGUAAACCAGUAAUUACAAGUGAAAAAGUCAGCCAUUUUUUGGAUUACAUGCAACAACACAGCUAUUAUUGAAAUGCAUGAGUCACUGUCAUGUAAGGUGGAUAGAGGGCCAUGUGGUUAUAAGUUCAUGCAGUUAUUACUCAUCAUCUGAAUCAUUGCAAAAUUAUUUUUUAUCAGGUGUUCAUAAACAAAUCUUAAAUUUGGCACAGAUUGAUACUAAAGUUCAGCCUUAGUUCUGGGUGAUGGAGUAGAAAUCACUGCAUGUUUCAGCACAUAAAAGGUUAAAGGCCUGCUUCUGCUUUGUGCAUUUAGCUUUCUGGUUAAUCAGUUCCUACCGGAGUGAAAUUAGCUUUCAUAAACCCAGCAUUUUAACCUAACCAGAAAACUACUCAGUCUUUAAUAAGGCGUGUGUUCUUUUAAAGACAAGGUUUUAGGAGCUACAUACAAGUGAGCAGUUUAAAAGUAUCCUUAUGGAGUGGAGAGGAAAUAAAGGGCUGCGUUUUACUGUAAGUGUGUAUGCAGAAAGGAUGUCGCAUCUGAAUGUGUCCUGCACUUUAUACUUCUCUUAUCAGAAUAGAAAACUUUUAUUAAAAGAGGUUGAGGUGUAUGAAGCACUUGAAAGUGUUCUCCCUGUAUGAUAUUUUGAUUUUGUCACUUUUUUGUUGUGUCCUCUGACAUUUUUAUUGAGCAAGGCUUUACAUGAGUACAGAAGACUAUCAGGGUCAGGCAUGAGAAAGGAAAUACAAGAAGAGGACGAUUUUUUCAUAACUCCCUUUGAGGGAAAAAAAUCAAAUUGAGUUGAAAUACAAAGAAAAAGGUUUAAAUAAGAUUUCAUGAAACCGUCAAAAUAUUAAGAAAAAAGCUGGAAUUGUAUUUUGAAAUUCCUGUCUACAUUUUUGCUAGGGAUGCAUGAUACUGAAAUUUACAGUAUCUACAGCCGGUAUUAUCAAUACUGAUAUUUAUACGUAGCUCAGUUCUUAAAACAAAAACUUUAAAGUCAUUGAACAAAUGAUCAAAUUUCAGACCAUAAAACAGACUUUAAAGUUUAAGAAAUGAUGAUGAAUACAGAAAAAGACUUCAACUGAAGUUGGUCUGUUGGUCCAGCCUCAAACUCCUCAAACUUCUUUAUUUGUACAGCCAACAAUUUCAGCUGAUAAAUUAUUUUUAUCUCCAAAAUAUUGGUUGUAAAAUUCAACAGGAAUUUUCAUAACUGCUGAUACUGAUAAUUAUUUUUUUAAGCUAAAAUCUGCCAACAUCAUUAUCAUAGUGAUAAAAUCAGGCAUCCCCAAUUUUUGCUGUUUUCCUAAAAAAAUGACCUUUUUUCUUGACAUGCUUACAGAAUUCAGUAAAUCAAUAAGCAAAAACUCCAGGGCGCUCUCUUCAAACAAUUUAAAUGUCUUUAUUUUAAUAACAAAGUCAUAUAGACCUUAAAAAAAACACACCAUAGUGUGUUUUUAAGGUCCAAGCUGUGGAAAAUGCAGGCAUUUUAAUAUUUUGAAGAGGUUCCCUGGAGUUUUUUCUUGUUAAUUUAGUGACUUUAUUAAUCCCAUACUAAAGAGAACCUCCGACAUACUCUCUAUUUAGGUUCAUGAAUUUCUCCUUUUCUAUUUUUUAUGUCUGCUGUAUUCUCAAAAUUGAAUAUCAUAAUUUUUAUCUGCAUUUUGUGAUAUUUCAACUUUUUUCUUGAAAUCCAUAAUGCUUCUAAUGAAACUUAGGCCUAGCAAGUAUAUGCCUCUGCAAAGUAUCCAAAUGGCAGUCAGUUAGAGUACAGUAGUGGGUCAAAAACAAGGGCUGGGCUGUUUUCUGUGGUACAAAUGUUAUAAGCAAGGGCUGACCUUGAGACUUGAUGACCUUGUACUUUAACCUGCAAAACUAAUCAGUUAACCCUUGAUUCAGGAUGAACACUUGUUCAAAGUUUUAAGAAAAUCCCUUUCUAAAGGGAUCAUGUGUAAUCAUAUGAAUAUGUUAAAAGCAAGGGAUUGUCAUGAGGCCCUGUGGCCCUGAUUUUUCACCUAUGACCUCCAGAAUCUAUCAGUUCAUCUUUGAGUCAUGACAAGCAUUUGUGAAAGAUUUGAUGAAAACCCAUCAACAUGUUUUAAAGAUACAUGUUCAUAUAGAAUUUUUGAAAUGCAAAGGAUGAACACGAGGCGCAAUAACUGACCAAUGACAAGUGUUUUAAAGACAUAAUGCUCAUAGGAAUGGCCUGAAAAGCAAGGGAUGAACAUGAGGCCCAAUUACUUUGACUACUGAUUUGUCCUUGAGUCUGAGUGGACAUCUGUGCUCAAGCAUUCUUGAGAUAUUGCAUUUACAGUAAUGGCCAGACAGACAGAGAGAACAUAAUGAAUCCAGCUUCCAGUAUCAACUGCACGGAGGCAUAAAACAUUUCUUUCUAAUCUUAAUAUUUCGUCCCAUGCCUGACCCUAAUGUUUUGUCCGUAUGCCAGCUUGUGUUUGGAUUGUGUGACAUUGUGUUUUGUAUUUUCUGAGUUUUCCGGAGUCCGAGGGAGCUUGUACCACACUAAUUAGGCUUCCAGAACACUGUCUCAUUAAUCAAAGGAAUAUUUUUAUUUAACUUCACUGAAAAAAAUCAGUGUGGGAAAACCUGCUGAAAGGCACAAACAGUAAGACUGUGGAACUGAAGAUGCCAUACGUUGCAUUAAAGAACAUUACACUUGUUUCUGACUUCUCACUCUUUAUUUUCAGCCUGGCCUGCACACCAACCCUUUCUGUUUUCCCCCAGUGCAUCUGUAAGAAGUAUAAAACUAUAAAGGGUAUUGUAAACAUCUAAGCUAAAACAAUGUGCCGUAGUGGUCUUAAAUGUUACCUUUCACUGUCCACAGUGACUAAUUAACUAUGCAAAAAGUAACUGAAUGGCUUUAACUGUUGUAUUUAGCCUGUGGCAAGUGUUAAUGGUGUCUCCACUUCCUGAAUUAGCUUUAGAUUACAGAAAAUUUGAGUGGAAAAGUUUGGAACAAAAACUUGUGUAACUGAGCUGUGGCCUCUGUAAGAUUCGGUUAGUUUUGCUGCUGUAAAACACUGAAAUAUAAAACCAGUGCUGAGCUAAACUUUUCUGUCUCCUUGUUACUGCUGUCAUUCUCUGUGGAUCUGCAGUACAUACACAAUGGUCCAAAAAUGUGAAACAUCAUUGUUAAAACUCGACAGCAAUUAUAGACCUUUAUUGUGAGUUAACAAGUAGGCUAUUAAAUGUGACAUAUCAUACCCCCUUUACACCUUUAGCACAAUCCUAUGUGGUCUGAAUCGAACAUCUGUGCUGUGCUUGAUUGUUUUUUCUCAUUAUUUUGAGAAAAUAAAGCUGGUUUUCUCACAAUAAUGUGUUAAUUUAUCAAGAUCGCUGGAAAACAGCCAAUGAGAUAAAAGGAAAUAGCAUGUAAGAACCAGUGCUUUAAAGGGAAA